AUGGCGUUGCAUUGUAAUCUUUCUGAUAUGGGAUAUGAAGGAGCUAUGUUUACAUGGUGCAAUAAGAGAGAGGAGGGUGUCAUUUGUAAGAAGCUGGAUAGGGUAUUGAACAAUGAUAUUGCUACUCAGAGGUUUUCAUCUGCUUAUUCAAUCUUUGAGGCGGGGGGUUGUUCUGACCAUAUGCGAUGUAAGAUCAAUCUCUUUCCUACUGGAGAAAAAUUGAGGAAGCCGUUUAAAUAUGUAAAUGCUAUUGGGAAAUUGGAUGCAUUCCUUCCAUUGGUGCGGGAGUAUUGGGAUCAAACCCCGAGUCUUUUUCACUCAACUUCUGCUAUGUUUCGUUUCUCGAAGAAGUUAAAGAAUUUGAAGCCACUAAUUCGGGAGUUAGGGAAAGAGAAGUUGGGGAAUCUUACUAAGAAAGCAAAAGAAGCUCACGGGCUUUUGGAGGAGGACUUUCUGAAGCAGUGCGCGAAACUUCACUGGUUAGACGUGGGGGACCAAAACAAUACGACAUUUCAUAAUGCCAUCCGUACCCGUCAAGCGCAAAAUACCAUUCGGGAGAUAAAGUGUCCAACAGGGAGCACUGUUACUCAGCAGAAAGACAUAAAAGAAGAAGCAGUUCGAUUCUUUUCAGAAUUUCUGAACCGUAUUCCUGAAGACUAUACUGGUGCAUCUAUUGAUGAAUUGACGGAGUUGUUGGAGUUUCGUUGUUCAGAGGAAGACUGUACUCUUUUGGAAGCACAGGUUACUGCGGAGGAGAUUCGUAGGGUUGUCUUUGCUAUGCCAUCUAACAAAUCUCCUGGCCCGGAUGGAUUCCCUUUCGAGUUCUUUAAAACUUCUUGGCCCAUUGUUGCGCAGGAUUUCACCAUAGAUGUUCAAUCAGUUUUCAGGUAUGGGUUUCUUCCGAAGGGAGUCAAUUCGACAAUCUUAGCUCUUGUUCCAAAGAAGACUGAUUCCUUAGAGAUGAAAGACUUUCAGCCUAUAGCUUGCUGCAAUGUGCUCUAUAAGGUGGUUUCAAAAAUCUUAGCAAACAGGCUCAAGAGGUUGCUCCCGCGUGUCAUUUCAGAGUGUCAAUCUGCGUUUGUUCAAGAUCGGUUGCUAAUGGAAAAUGUUUUAUUAGCAACAGAGCUGGUAAAAGAUUACCAUAAGGAGUCUGUAUCGCCGAGAUGUGUGAUGAAGAUAGACAUUUCGAAAGCUUUUGAUUCAGUGCAGUGGUGUUUUGUACUCAAGAGUCUGGAAGCUAUACGUGUCCUGGAGAGAUUCAUUCACUGGAUAAAGCUCUGUAUUUCCACUCCUUCGUUUUCUGUUCAGGUGAAUAGGGAGCUUGCGGGGUAUUUCCAGAGUAAGAGGGGGUUGAGACAGGGGUGUUCACUCUCUCCGUACCUAUUCGUUUUGUGCAUGAAUGUACUGUCCCACAAAAUAGACAAGGCAGCGGCGGAGAAGAGGUUUCAAUUUCAUCCUCGGUGUAAAAAUCUUUCUCUUACUCACUUGUGUUUCGCUGAUGAUCUGAUGGUAUUCGUUGAAGGGACUAGAGAGUCUAUUGAGGGAGCAUUGUCGGUGUUUGAUGGGUUUGCGAAAUGGUCGGGGCUGUGUAUAAGACUUGAGAAGUCGACUGUUUAUAUGGCUGAUAUUAAAGAGGAUGAAAAGAGUAGAAUAUUGGUGAAUUUCCCUUUCGCGGUGGGUACACUUCCUGUACGCUACUUGGGGCUUCCUCUCCUGUCUCAAGCAAUGAGACUUCCUAGUAAGUGUAUGAAGGAGGUAGAGCAGUUAUGUGCUUCUUUUCUUUGGACAGGUCCAGUCUUAAAGUCCUCAGGAGCUAAAGUUAAUUGGGGGGAUAUCUGUAAACUGAAUCUUGAAGGAGGUCUUGGGGUUAGAGCUUUAAAGGAAGUGAAUACAGUGUAUGGUCUGAAGCUUAUUUGGCGGAUGCUUGCGGGUGACUCUCUGUGGGGGAAAUGGAUAAAGAUGUACUUGUUGAAGAAGAGAAGCUUCUGGGAAUUGAAAUCAAACUCUCAAGUUGGAUCAUGGAUGUGGAAAAAGAUGUUGAAACUCAGAGUGAUUGCGAAGGCAUUCUACAAAAUGGAGAUUGGUAAUGGAAGACAUAUCUCAUUCUGGUAUGAUUGCUGGUCGGAUAAAGGAGUGAUGUUUGAUCUUUUGGGUGAGCGAGGUUUCAUUGAUUUGGGUAUAAGAAAGAAGGCUACUCUUGAGGAAGCGAUUUUGAACAUUCGUAGAAAACGUCGUCACAGGUCAUAUAUUCUUCAGGGUAUUGAAGGGAUAAUUGAUUCUGUGAGAAGUAAUAUUCAGUGUGGGAGUGAGGAUGUAAGUGUUUGGAAACGAAGGUCGGGAUUCAGAGGAAUUUUCUCCACGAAUGAAACCUGGAUGAUGAUAAGGGAGACUAAGGUGCAGUGUGAUUGGUCUCGGGGGGUUUGGUUCUCCAAGGCAACUCCCAAAUUUGCUUUUAUAACCUGGCUGGCUAUGAGGGAUAGAUUAUCCACAAUGGACAUGGUUAUGAAAUGGAGCCAAAGAGUUGAUGCUGAGUGUGUGUUGUGCAAGUCUGCUAUAGAGACUCGAAACCACCUAUUUUUCGAAUGCUCUUAUGCCUCACAGCUAUGGGAGUAUCUCGUUAAAGGUAUUUUACUAAGCUCGUACACCAUCAACUGGUCUUCUUUGGUGAGGAUAGUCACGGGUAGAAGAUUGGAUAGGAAGGGAAUGUUCUGCAUUAGAUAUGCUUUUCAGGCUGCAAUCUAUGUAAUUUGGAGGGAGAGAAACCGUAUUCGUCAUGGGGAAAAUCCGAUGUCUAUUUCCAUUUUACAAAAGCUUACCGAAAAGGGGAUUAGGAACAAGUUGAGUUUGAUGAGUACAAGGGAGGGGAAAGGCAUGGAGACUGCUCUUCAAUUUUGGUUUCAAACAAGAUGCUAA